CGGUAUCAUCCAAUCUAACGCGUGUAAUAGAUAUGUUGUCGUUUGGACUCGAAUUCAUAUUCUGGUUUAGCUAACAAAUCUAUUGUUGCUGCUUUGCCUCUUUCAUUGAGCUAGGUUCUAGGGACGUAUUGAUUUAUCGGCUCUAUCUACCUAACCUAACUUAUACACCCAAGUUAAGGGGGCUAGGUGCAUAUACGCAUAUACAUCUUGGUGAAGUCUUAGCGGUGUCUGUUACAGACUUGUCAUCAACUAGAAUCAGGAUAUUCCGCCUCGUGCGCCAUGUCGCGGACCGCAGACUCGCUGACCCUGCCGACGGCGAUGCAUUCCCCUGGAGGCGGCCACGGCGGGACGGCCGAGUCCGGAACUGGAGCUAACCCGUCGCCGAGCGCCAGGAUCCGGCAAUGGACGAGUUCCCUGCUGACAUCGUCGCGUAAUGCCUCUGGCCGCGGCGAUAAUGACGCGGAACAGCGCGCGGCGUAUACGCCUGAUAGCUGGUGGAAGAUCCAUCUCUUCCGCGGCAUGGUCAACGACGUGCGCCGCCGGGUGCCGUAUUAUUGGAGCGACUGGCGCGACGCGUGGGAUUAUCGCGUUGUGCCGUCGACGAUUUAUAUGUAUUUUGCUAAUAUCCUGCCCGCUCUGGCCUUCUCGCUGGAUAUGUUCACCAAGACAAAUAUGCAGUACGGCGUGAAUGAGGUGCUGCUGGCGUCGGUGCUCGGCGCUGUGGUGUUUGCUAUACUGGCUUGUCAGCCGUUGGUUAUCGUGGGAGUUACGGGUCCUAUUACGGUGUUUAAUUAUACCGUCUACGAUAUCAUGUCACCCACUGGGACUAACUACCUGGCGUUCAUGUGUUGGAUCGGACUCUGGUCGCUUGGGUUCCAUUGGAUCCUCGCCGUUACGAAUUCGUGCAACUGGUUGCGAUAUGUGACGCGGUUCCCGUGCGAUAUCUUCGGGUUCUACGUCGCUUUUAUCUACUUGCAAAAGGGCAUUCAGGUACUCGAGCGCUUCGGCGAUGGGUCACCCUUCUAUCUAUCUAUCAUGGUGGCUCUGCUCGUCUUCAUGGUCGCGUAUGCGUGCGGUGAGCUAGGUGGUAGUCCUCUGUUCCGCCACCCCGUUCGUGUCUUUCUUAAGGACUACGGUACACCGCUCACUGUUAUCUUCUUCACUGGCUUCGUGCACUUUGGCCGCAUGAAGAAUGUUGAGCUUGAGAAGCUCCCUACUAGUGCGGCUUUCUUCCCUACCGCGGAUAGGGACUGGCUGGUUCAUUUCUGGGAUAUCUCGGUUGGCGAUGUGUUUAUUGCUAUACCCUUCGCUAUAUUACUCACUAUCCUAUUCUAUUUUGACCAUAAUGUGUCGUCGCUUAUCGCACAAGGGACCGAGUUCCCUCUACGUAAACCUGCGGGCUUCCACUGGGACUUGUUCCUACUAGGCCUCACCACAGGUGUUGCAGGUAUCCUUGGACUGCCUUUUCCGAAUGGACUAAUCCCCCAGGCACCAUUCCACACCGAAUCCCUGUGCGUGACCAAGCUGGAGGCAGACACUGAGGAAAACGGCGAGGCGAAAGGCCACUACGUUCUCAAGCGGACGCACGUGGUCGAGCAACGAGUUUCGAAUCUAGCACAGGGUCUCCUAACCCUCGGCACCAUGACAGGCCCUCUCCUCGUCGUCUUACACUUGAUCCCGCAAGCCGUUCUCGCCGGCCUGUUCUUCAUCAUGGGGUACCAGGCUCUCGAAGGCAACGGCAUCACAGCUAAACUACUCUUCCUACUCCGCGACCACGCCCUAACUCCCGGUGGCCACCCUCUCGCGGGAAUCCCGCGCCGCGCUGCAGUAUGGACCUUCGUUGCCGUCGAACUCGUCGCUUUCGGCGCCACAUUCGCCAUCACGCAGACGGUCGCAGCCGUCGGUUUCCCCGUCGUCAUUCUCGCGCUGAUCCCGGUCCGCGCACUCGUCCUGCCCCGCGUCUUCACGCCCCACGAGCUUGCCAUCUUGGACGCGCCGACCGCUAGCCCGUUUACCAUGGAGAGCGUGGGCGGCUCGUACGCUGCGCCCGCUGAUGCUAUUGAUGCCUCCUCGGGCGUCCAGGAAGGUGUUUGUAAUAGUGUUGGUACGGGCGUCUUCGGGGAAACGACGGAAAGCGAGCCGAGGGGAAAGAGCGGGGAGGUGCUUGCGGAGGAGGGCCGGGGGCAGACGGUCGAGGAGCCGGGGGCGCGCGAUGAGAUUGAGAUGAGUCGGUUGGGCGUCAGUAGGAGGGGACAGGCUAGUAGGAGCGCGGGGCACGAGGAGAGUUAGUAUAGCGGAAGUUUAAGUAGGGGGUCGUGCAAGUAGAUGUAGGUAGGUAGUUUGGGUAUUUCGGGUGGGGGUUUUGGGACGUAUAGAGGAGAGGCAUCGAAGAGACUAAGGAUAUAUUCCUUUUUUAAUCUAACGUGGCUAGAUAGAUUUCGAAUAGACGUAUAUGAUUUUAUCAGAAUGAA